GCACGAGAGAAGUUUUGAAAUCCUACGACACGAGGAAAGCGCUUUAAACUUGCCAGACAUUCAGUCAUCAAAACCCGACAUGAUGGCGAUUUCUUUUUCUUUCCGAUGGGUUUUACUCUCAGCUCUUUGGAUUGCAGGGAGUGAGACGCAAUACACAGAGCUCAAGAAUUAUACCACCAGUGCUGGUCUCGCAUUUAAGCUUGAGUGCAGUGAAACACAGAAUGUGAGCUGGAGCCGUUUCCCUAAUCAGAGGCUGGAAGGCAUCAGUGGAAUAAACAUUCAGGGAGGCGCGCUAUGGUUUCUACCUGCUGACCUCUCCCACAGCGGAUCCUACUCCUGUCUCACCAGAAAUGGCGAUGAAACCUGGACAACAAUAUUUAAUGUCUCCGUUGAAAAUAAAACAUGCCCCAGGUUUAACAGAAAAGAUGAAAUAACGAGAACAAAGGAAAUCACUUGUUUGCUUUCUCACAUCUUUGAGAUAGACCCUCAAGCUCAAGUGACCUGGAGAAAUAACUGCCACCCACUCAGUGUGACAAACAGUAAGGUUUUACCGAUAAACAGAUCCAAAGACAUGAUUGGACUCUAUACAUGCUUUGUGAACUUUACUUUUGGAGGACAGCAUUACUCUGCUGCCCAGACUACAAAAAUCUUCAGCCAAUCUAAGGAUUAUGUGGUGACAAAGCCUGAAAUCAUCUACCCAAAAGAAGAAACAAAAAAAGUAACACUUGGUGAAAGUUACACUCUGAACUGCAAAGCUCUUAUUGGGAAGAACGACAAUAGAGAAACUGUUAUUUACUGGUAUACUGACUUAAAAAAUCUCAAACUGGACUACAACAGAAGUAUUGUGAAAGAGGGGGAGCGGGACUAUAUGCUGUCUACUCUGUUCAUCCCAGAAGUCACAGAAGAACAUUUAUACACUAAUUUCACCUGUGUCGUUACACACCCAAGAGGUUCAGAUUCUGGAAAUGUCUUGCUUAUUCCUGUGAGUCGGAAUGAACGUUAUUACUGCAUCGGUGUUGGUCUGGUGGUUCUGCUCAUAUUACUGUGUGCAGUUGCAUUUCUCUUUAGAGUCGAUCUGGUUCUGGCUUACAGGGCUGUUUGCUCGUCUUCUGCCAUAAACAGUGAUGGCAAGUCGUACGAUGCGUAUGUGAGUUACCUCCAUAGUGAUCAACACGGCUCAACUUCUGCAGUGACAUUUGCUCUGGAUAUCCUUCCUGCGGUGCUGGAGGACUUUUAUGGUUACAAUCUCUUUAUCAGUGGUCGUGAUGGACUUCCUGGGGAAGCGGUGCACGAAGUCAUUGCUGACACAAUUAGCCGAUGCAGAAGGCUGAUCAUUAUUCUUACAUCACAGAGCUGUGUUUCACCUCAAACCGACACCACCAAGAGCUUUUUACCAGAUAAACUCCCUGUAUCAGAUCAUGAUGUGCAAAUGAACGCACAGAACACUUCCUCUGAUAAAAUAUGGGCCACUUACGCGCCACAGGUGGGUCUCUAUGACGCUUUAGUGAAGCAGGGUCUGAAAGUCAUCCUGGUGCAGGUGGAGGAUGGUGUUGAAGAGGCUCUGCUGCCUGAAUCUUUGCGAUACAUCAUCCGCACCAAAGGCAUCCUCAGAUGGAGGCAGAGCACCAGUCAUCGGGGGAACAGAAGCUUCUGGAAACACAUGCGCUAUCAAAUGCCUCCAGCGAAGCGGCAGAAGAGUCCAGAGCUCACGGUGCUUUGAGAUCUGUUUGACCACAGAAACAAUCUACACAAGUAUAUAAACUCAUUAUGAAGUGUGUAUGGAUAACACCACUCAAGAAACACAACAAUGCACACUUACUGUACACUGAAAAAGAUACUAAAUUAAAAUCUAAAAGCUAUUUUUUUAACAAAUUUUAUUUAAAUGUAGCUAAAAUAAAUGGAUUGCAACCGCUUAAAAAAAUAAAUAAUUGUAAAUGUAAUUAAUCUUUUUUUCAGCGCAGGGGCUGUUCACACAGAAUGCGUUUUUCCACUCCCAUGUGCCACUUUUCCAUUGUUUUCUAUGUAAACGCUCUAGACCGAUUGCAUUUAGACGCUGUGUCAAGUUUAAACUUUUACACACAGCGCUGCUCAUGAGUGUCGAUUCCAAAACAGUCGACCAAUCAGAAGACCCCGGAGGCGGGGCAAGCGCUUCAAGGUUUUGUUUACAGUAGAAAGUAGUAGUUUUAUUUGACGAAACAUGUUGGAGGAGGAAUUCUGCUCUACACUUUUUAAAGGCCCCAUGAAAUCAAAAUUGUUGAAAACUUUUUGGCUUUUAGUCUGAAUAUGUUAGCCUUGAUGUAAUCUCUCAGCUAGUGUGCUCCAAAACAAUGACAAAACUACAGCAUUUAAGCAUUCAAACCUUGCAGUGUGUCACUUACGCCAAUAUGGCUGUCAUACACUGUAGAAUUCGGCUUUACCAAGCGCAGUGGCUCUAGCCCAAGCUGUGAUAUAAAUAAAAUUGGCUAUUUUAAAAAGAGGCGGGUUUACUUGAUGUGUCCUGCCCUGUCUUCCUGUUUAACCCUUGUGCAUUGUUCAAAUUCACUACCCUUUCAUACACACAAACACUAUAAUUUGCUGUUAUACUCCAUAUAACUCCAAGCCAGAAACUAAGCCUUUUUUUUUGCACAGGCCUUUCUAAAGGGUUAACGGUCCCACCUAGUGAUCAACUGUAAAAAUAACACAUUUUACCUCUUCCCAAAAGGGAAAACCACAAACAAUCAAGAAUGCAUGAUUAUAUGGUGUUUUCAUCCACGAACAUAACAAAAGGGUAGUGAAUUUGCCCAGAGUUUACCGUUGAGUUUUUGAAAAAUUUCUAAGCAUUUUCCCAAAAUAUGGGUCAAAAUAAGAUUUGUCACCAAAAAUCAUUCCAUUAGCUCAAACACAGAGAAAGUUGUGGCCAAAAUAAGACUCAACUUUACCCUCUAGUGGACGAAAACGUCCCCAACAACGCAUAAGGGUUAAGUUAAAAUGACAUCAACACAAUGAGUAAAACUGCGUUUUUAGAUGCAAAGACGCAUUCUGUGUGAACGUCCCUUUAGUUUGUGAGCUUGUGUUGUGCGAGUUUGCAUAUUUGUGUAGAGGUUUGUUGAGUUGGUGUGAAGAAACUUUUAUCUUGUUUUAUCUUGUAACUGUGAUGAAAAACAGAGUGACAGGUGAUGCAAGUUAGCAAUAAAAAAAUUACUGUAUGUAGAAGUUAUUUUCAAUAUAACUAUCAUUUUAUAUUUUUUAUAUUAUUUUGUUAAUGCAGAUGGAAUGCGUAUAUGUUUGGUUUUAUACUUUAUAAUUCUUAAUUAUUUCUAUUUUUUUACAGAAUUAUUUAAUAUAUAAAAAUAUUUAAAGUUCUUACAAGUGGCAUAGUGACUACAGGUCAUGUCAGAUAAAAUAUUUUAAUGUUUUUUAGAAGAAACAAAGUAAAAUUAAACAUUUACUGACUCAUGUUUUAUUGAUUCAUGUCGUAAUAAUGAUUUAUUACAGUGUAUCUAAUAAAUAUUUGUCAAAUAUG